UACGGGCAUUUCAAACCUACAUUUUGUGCUUUCAAUAUGGCGGCUCCCAUAUUGAAAUGGAAGCGGGUAACAAAUACUUCAGGACCAUGUCCAAGACCGCGCCAUGGACAUCGUGCAGUGGCCAUAAAGGAUCUAAUGAUUGUAUUUGGUGGUGGAAAUGAAGGAAUAGUGGAUGAAUUGCACGUAUACAACACUUCUGCCAAUCAGUGGUUUGUACCGGCGGUGAGAGGAGACAUCCCGCCAGGCUGUGCUGCUUACGGCUUCAUCUGCGAUGGUACCAGAAUUCUUGUGUUCGGUGGAAUGGUGGAGUAUGGAAAGUACUCGAAUGAACUGUAUGAGCUUCAGGCGUCCAGAUGGGAAUGGAAACGACUCAAACCCAAAGCACCGAAAAGUGGUCCUCCUCCCUGUCCUCGGCUUGGUCACAGUUUCACCCUCUUGGGGAACAAAGGAUAUUUGUUUGGAGGCCUUGCCAAUGACAGUGAAGAUCCAAAAAACAAUAUUCCCAGGUACCUGAAUGACCUCUACACCCUAGAACUUCGACCCUUGUCAAACCAGCUGUCAUGGGAUCUCCCCUCUAUUGUGGGCGUGCCCCCGCCUCCCCGUGAGUCACAUUCAGCCGCUUCAUACGCAGAGAAAGAUGGCAGGAGGCCACGUCUCUUCAUUUACGGUGGUAUGAGCGGCUGCAGAUUGGGUGAUCUUUGGAUGCUUGAUGUUGAAUGCAUGGCAUGGGUACAGCCUACUAUUUCAGGCAUGCCUCCACUGCCUAGAAGUCUGCACUCAGCUACAGUGAUUGGCAACCGUAUGUUUGUGUUUGGAGGAUGGGUGCCACUGGUCAUGGAUGAUGUCAAGGUGGCCACACACGAGAAAGAGUGGAAGUGCACAAACACACUGGCUUCACUGAAUCUGGAAACAAUGACAUGGGAACCUUUGGCCAUGGAAGUUUUUGAGGAUGCUUUGCCCAGAGCUAGAGCAGGCCACUGUGCUGUGGCUAUCAACACCCGUCUCUACAUUUGGAGUGGUCGAGAUGGCUACAGGAAAGCUUGGAAUAACCAGGUUUGCUUCAAGGAUCUCUGGUUCCUUGAGACAGAAAAGCCACCAGCCCCUUCCAGGGUCCAGCUGGUGCGCGCCAGCACAAACACACUGGAGGUGUCAUGGGGCUCGGUGCCCACUGCGGACGCCUACCUGCUCCAGCUGCAGAAGUACGACCUGCCCCCGUCCACCUCAGCGGCCACCAGCACCACCUCGGCUGCUGCCACCACCCCCGCCAUCACGGCUGCCCCGGCCACCCCCACCACACCCACCCCCGCCCCCGUCACUCCUACAGCAGCCGUCACACAGACCAGGCCCCAGUUCCAAGUGACUGGACAGCCUGGCAUUGUCCGCACACCCACGGCCGGCCUGCCCAUUCGCACCCUGACCACUGUGGUCUCCCCCCUGCCCAUGACCCUCGGCCAGUCUCCACAGACCAUCAAAGUGACGACAGCACCUCGCAUCCGCGCUCCGAUGACCAUCACUCCCGUGUCCAACACCAUCCGCGUUGCCACCCCACAGCUCCCCACCAUCAGCCAGGGUGUUCAGAGGGCUGGAGCAGUUGUUGCCACAACUUCUGGCAGUAUGUCUGGCAUAGCCGCCCUGGCUGCUGCAGCGGCUGCAACUCAGAAGAUCCCCGGUACUCCAGCCAGCGCCACGACAACACCAGCAUCUGGCAUCAAAGUUGUCACACCGACAAUUGUUACACCAGGUGGCAUGAAGGUGACUCCUGUUGCUGGGAAACUGCCAGGUAGCACCUUGGCCCCUGGCACACAGACCGUGAGAGUGGCCCCAACAGGCGCCACCAUCCUCAAGACGCCUGGCUCGGCCACAAACAUCGCUGGCAAGCAGAUCAUCACCGUCCACAAAGCUGGAAACACCGGCUCCAGCCAGUCGCAGAUAGUGACGCUGGUGAAGACCACACAGGGCAUGGCUAUGGCCAGUCCCAAGAACCCCCUGCCACAAGGGGCUACCAUCGUCAAGCUGGUCACCACACAGGCGGGAGGGAUCAGCAAGCCGGCCACAGUUCUGUCCACUCAGUCCAGCUCGGGACAGACACCCACCAUCCUGGGCAUCAGCAGUGUCCAGCCAAAUUCGAGUCCCGGACAGAAGACGCUGACCACCAUGAUCAGAACUAUCCCAACCUCCAUGCUGUCCAUGGCAAAGAGCGGUAAUCAGGCCAUCAAUGCCGCAGGAGUGACCACCACACAAGUCGGCACCAAGACUAUUGUUAUCGCAGCCCCCAAGGGCAGCACGGGCAGCCUGAAUCAGCCCACCAAGAUCAUCACAAGUGUGCCCAAGCUGGCGGGCCAGUCUGGUAAUACACAGUUCAUCGUGGUCAGCCCCCAGAGUGUGGCGGGAGCUGUGGCAGCAGGCAACAAGCCAGCUCAGGUGUCGGCCAUCUCAUCCGGAGGGAACAUCAUCUCUCAGGCUGGCAAACCCGUCAUCACAGUCAUUUCUGGAGGCUCCACAUCUGGUACGCCCUCAGUGACUCCAGCCACUGGUCACACCCUGGGCACUUCCCCGGCCAUGCGUGUGGUCAACAGCAACGCUUCCACCAUCUCCCUCAUUACCCAGGCCACCAGUGAGGCCGGAUCAGGGGCCGCCACAGCCACCAUUGGUGGCCGCCAGAUAGUGACAGUCCCUGCAGGCCAGGCCGGUUUGACGGGUGCCAAGGGUCCCGUCCAGAUCACCAUCACUCCCGCCAACCGUGGCAACAUCUCCACGGUCACACUUCCCUCGUGCAUACGUCAAGUAGCUAAACCGGUCGUGGUGGGGAACCCAUCGGCCAACGGCACUCAAGUUGUCAGUCUCGGCGGAAUGGGCACGGCUCAAGUUGUGGCGGUGAACCCGGCCCCUGCUGCCAUGGCAGACCAGGCUCAGGUGGCAGAGGCUGUUGGUGAGGCUGGAGAGGGUGACGGCCAGCAGGUACUGCAGCAGUUUGAUGGAGCCGCCGAUGACGAUUGUCUGGAGACGGUAAUUGUUGACGAGGAGUUUACCGAAGACGAGAGCCAGUAUAUCACAUCGCCAGAUUUUUGUCUGGAUGGUUGUGUCGAAGAAGAUGACACAGAGUUCCGGGUUGAGGACACAUACAUGUUCCCAGACACGGGGGAUCAUGGGUAUGCAUAUACGCAUGAGGACAGGUACGACAGUGAUGAAGACUUUCAGAUGCCUCAGUUUGACGGUGCUGGCGAGGAAGGAGGUGAGGACGAUAAGGAAGGAGAGGAGGGUGUGAAACAGGAAGGAGAAGAAGGAGGCGCGGACCAGCCGCAGGAAGCAGAGCAAGAACAGGCGGAAGGCGUGGUUGGUGAGGCAGGCGAAGAGGCCAUGGAGGGUGAGGGCGCUGCGUCAGGGGAGGUCCAGCCUCCGGCUGAGGAUGCUAUGGAGGAAGGUGAUGGUGGUGUGGCGGGAGGUCUCGAUGGUCUGGUAAACCCCGCAGUCGCAGCCGACUCCACUAAUGGCGCGGAGAGUCAGCAGCUGACCGAGGCGGAGUUACAGCAGCAGGCAGAGAGUGCUCUAGAGGCGUUGGCCGAGGCGGGCGGUGUGCUGGGUGACCAGGCCGUCAUGGACAACCUAGAGGGGGUCCUGGCCCAGCAGGCACAAGCGGCCCUGGAUGCGGCCAAUCAGGCGGCCACAGCCCAGGCGCUGGGUGAGUUGGCGGCGCAACACGCUGCUGAAACCCCCGAGGAGUUGGGAGAUGUCAAGCCAGAAAUAAAUGAAGAGGCGGCACCGACAGCUGACCACUCGACGGGUACAGAUACGCCCAUGGACACUGACGCAGCAGACCUGGUCCCUAAGGAAGAACCUCCGGACGAGGCUCUGGCAUCCCUUGCUCAGAGUCUCGCCAACGCUGCCAAUGGUGGUGCAGACGGAUCUGAUCCCUUAGCGACACUGGCAUCAGCUGCCAUGUCAUCAGCCCCAGUGACGACGUUAAAAACCUCAGACGCCAGCGUGGGUGUGAACAACGACGUGGGGCAGGAGGAGGCUCGUCACGAGGUCAAGCAGGAGAAAAUUGUUGUGAAGCGGGAUGCCCAGCAGUGGUUCGACGUGGGCUUUAUCAAGAGCACCUCUUGCACUGUCUCCCACUACCACCUCCCCUCAGAGAACGGCCAGGGCAACACUGAUGUGAGUGACAUUGACGUGGUGAAUGUGCCAGACCACAGUGUCCUGAAAAGACAAGAGUUGCAGCCGGGCACUGCCUACAAGUUCCGUGUGGCUGGCAUCAAUGCGUGUGGCCGGGGGCCGUUCAGUGAGGUGUCUGCCUUCAAGACUUGUCUGCCUGGUUUCCCUGGAGCGCCUUCUGCCAUCAAGAUCAGCAAGAGCAGCGACGGUGCGCACCUGUCCUGGGAGCCUCCCCAGAACACGGCGGGCAAGAUCAUAGAAUACAGUGUCUACUUGGCCGUACGCAAUCAAAACACGGAGACCAAGCCCGGCACACCUGCACAGCUUGCGUUUGUGCGCGUGUUUUGCGGGCCCCUUCCCUCCUGUGUGGUAGCCAACUCAUCUCUCACCUCUGCUCACAUUGACUACACCACCAAGCCAGCCAUCAUUUUCCGCAUCGCAGCUCGCAACGAGAAGGGCUAUGGACCCGCCACACAAGUCAGGUGGCUGCAGGAUGCCUCACAGAGUCCUUCAGCUGGUGGGAAGGCUGUCAAAAGACAAGGGUCAGAGAAUGUCAAACCAGGGUCAAUGGUGAAGAAACUGAAGGUGGAGGACGGUGAGAGCUAGGUGAGGUGUCCCAGGCAAGAACCCAUUCCCUGUGUUUUUAUACCAACGAGCUCAUCCUCCUUCGUGAUUUUGUGAAAGCUUCGGUCCCCCGCACCAAUGGAUGGUCGUCGGGCCAGGAAUAAAGUGGCCUUGACCAUGUUGUUGCAAUGCCUGUAUUGUGUGUUGGGGUUGGUGGGUGGUGAUGAUUUUUUCAGUCUGAUAUCUGUGCAUAUCUCCCCCCUUCGUUUUUAACCUCUAUGAAAAUGCUGCAAACUACUGGGCCUUUGUUUUUGAAGGCUUACAUCUGUUGUACCAGCCUACACUUUCUUGACAGUUGUUACUUUUGUUGUUGUUUUGUUUUUAAGUCAGUCAGUUUUGAGAAAUUCACUGUAUUGUAACAUGAUGCUAUUGUGAAAUAUGUGAUUUGUCCUUGAAGUUUUUUGUUGUUUUUUUCUUCCUUCUGCUGCUCAACUAGAGUAACGGUCUUCACCUGCUAUACUUAGUUUUUCUUACUUAAUAGUUGUCAGCUUUUUUUUCAAUUCUUAGAGGAACAUUCACACAGACACUCAUACUUCCGCAAUGUUCAGUUACACCAUUCCUGUUUCUAUCUGCAUUCUGAAAAGGUUUCAGACCAGGUGGUAAACAAACUUUAACAGAAGAACAACAGCAUUCAUGGGUUGAUGGUGCUGUAAAGAUGUAGUAUGUAAUGUACACUCAGUUGUCCCAUUUGUUCAGUGGCUGGCUAUUCCUAUCGGGGGUUUUUUUGGAAGGAGCUGUGUCGUGCUUCCUUCUUCCAUUGCUCGAUUAGUUCAACUUGACUUGAGAUUCUGAUCUUCAGCUGCUUUACACUUCUUGUUAUUGAACUUGCUCUAAGUCCUGAUCCAGUCAUGAUGGGAAGCGUUAGGUUUCAAACAGGAGAGUUCUUCUACGUGGGAUGCUUUGUCUUCUUCAUGUAAAUGCUCAUGUGUUUCUACGGCCGAUGGCUUGGCUUUGUGUGGGGAUUGCUCCAGAUGAUAAAAUAUAUCAGUGGCCCAAGAGCGACUGUGCCAUUGCAUACAUUGUUGUUUAUGGUCUACAUUGUUUUGCAAAAUAGUAUGGAGAUCCUAUUUUGUUUACUUUGGUAUGGAUUUGUGCAGCGCAAUGCUCUGUUUUAUUGUUGCCACACCUGUACAUAUUGUUGUUGACUAGUGUUGUACAUAAUUGUUCAAAUUUUCAAACCUGAUUUGCAAAUGGUGUGCCCUGUCAUUUGAUAUCGAGUGACACUUUGUGUUCAUUCACAAAUUUAAGAUUUGUAUUUUUAUUUCUUCCAAACUUUUAACUCACAAUAUCGUUGGUGGAAAAUUGACAGGACAUUUUGCAACGGUACAUAAAGUAUGUAAUAAUGGUGUCCUUAUGCGGUACUAUCGCUUCGAUAGUUGAAAAGGUGUCCGGAGAAGAAAGUUCACCAUUUCCCCUGGCGCAGUUGAUAAGCGACGUCAUCAGCCUGUCACAAUUUCACGUUUUGACCAGAUCGAUACUUGUGCUGUAUUUUUGUAGGUGAGUCGGAUCUUGUGCAAAAAUGUGUAAAUCAUGAAUCGACUGGGUCGAGAUUGUUUGUAAUGUUUCCGAGUGAACCAAUGUUGAUAUCUUUUUGUCAUGUUUCUUAUUGCAACAAAUGUACUUUUUAGAUAUAUCAGCACCGUUGCCGUUCCACCACCACUCAAAGUAAAAACCAAAUAGUUUGAAGCCUGAGUCUGUAAUGUUCCCUGAAGAGAAAUGAUCGAGGAUUUUUUUUUCUGCGACAAAAUUACCGUUUGUUGCAUGCCUUCCAUAUUCCCUUUCAAGUCCAAGAAUGGCAGAAGUAUUGGUGACAUUGUCACAGAAAAAUGAAGUAGCUCACAUAAGGAGGUCCUGGCUAGUGUAGCUUUGACUGACCCCUGUUGCUGUUGCUGCGUCUCACACUUCCAUUGUAGAUUUCACCCUUCUUUUCUCUGGAAAGAAGGUGACAAUUCAUUCAUUGAUGACUCUCGCUGUAAAAGGGACUUGUCUAGAUUUGUGCGUACUGCAGUGUCUGGGAAUCUAAGGGUCAUUGUCAGAACAUCCUCUGCUCAUUGUUUCAUUUAUUGUUGGGAUUCCUAGUUUCGUUUCCAUUGUUUCAUUAUCAUCAUAAUAGAUUUCAUUUACCCUUGAAUAGUAUCACGUGUGUCGGUUUGUUCCUAAUUCUUUCAACUUCUUUGGUCUUCUUGUGCCCGUCUCUCUUUUUCUCUUGUGUUGGUGUUGCUAUUGUUUUUUUCAACGGUGCUUCCUUUCUUGACACACUGAGUUUGGGUUUUUCGCUCGUCGCUCCCCGCCUUUUCUCGGAACUCCCAGCUAUAUGGUCCUGUUUAUAAGCCAGGGAUGUCCUGAGGCCAGGCUGUGAUGGGCUUGAGGUGUGUGUUGUUUAUUAUUCAUCCAUGUGUAUACCCAUAAGCUUUUUGCUGUCGUUUUCAUGAGUAUACUGAUGGUGACUAUGUCCCAUGGGGCUGGGGGAAGUGAGGCCGGCGACGUUUGAGUGUCCUCUGAAAAGAGGUAGACAAAUAUGGAAAGGCCACUGGUGGUUCUGUAUAGAGGAAAGUUGUCGUGUCAUUUCCAGUGCAGGGAGCUUAUUUUCUCUUAUUAUCGAAUUUUACAGUGAGGCGGGUUGUUUUUUUUAAUGAGUUGUGAGAGGGAAAUGGUAUCGGUGUCAGGGUUUUUUUCCUCCGGUUUCCUUGCCUUGCAGUGUGCACUAUUGAGACCAAGAUUGUUAAAUGGGUCUAUGUAACCUGAAACUCAAAGGUUAUUUCUUGUGUCUCACUCAGUAUGUAGAGUUGUAGCUGAGCUGUUUGUGAGACAAAUUCAGUGGCACCUCUCUUAGUGCAGAUGUACUUAGUGUACCCGUCAUCUCUUCUGUGGAAUGUUUCAUUGUCCUGGUUGCUUACAUUGGGUGGGGGGGUUUUUUAAUUGUGAAAUUUAUAGUUCCUUUUUAGUGUGUCUCAUUGUAUCGCUAACAAAUAUACAUUGACAUCUGAACCUUUCACUUCAUCAUAGAACACAGAAUGGAGAAAAUGGCCAGAUUUUCUUGUUAUGGUUGAAUAAGAUUUGUGUUGUCCUUUUGAAGAAUGGCAUGCAAACAAUAUAGCUUCAUUUACUUUUUAAUAAAAAGACUGUUUUAAUAGAUUACAUCUUUGUACAAGUAUUAACUAAAGAGAAGUUUGUUGAAGCUUGAUAUCUUUACUACGCAUGUGUCAUGUGAUUUGAGCCAACACUUUCGUGACCAGGGUGGUUUCUGUUUGCCGUGGUUAUCCUUUCCCCUCAACUUUCAUGUAGUACUGUUUGCUUCUUGAUAUUAUUUUGUUAGUAAGAAGCAAGCAGUGUUUUAUGCAAUGGUUACUUGUAAGGUUCUUACAGUGAACUUAUUCUUUUAGAAACAUAUGGGGAAAAAACAACAUAAAAUGUGUGCUCCUGUCCUUUAAAAAAUUCUGCAACAGGAAUCUACUCUCUCUUUUGCGGGUUUUAUUUUGUUUUCUUCUGUUGCAGUCCCUUUUUUACUAUCCUGAUUUUCCGUGUCAUUUUAUUUGCCAAGAUUCAGUAAAUUAUUUUGUUCAUAGACCAGUUGUUGAUUUCAGAAGUCAUAAAUCUUUGUUUUGUUUGUCAUUUUUAACAUAAGACUAGGGCAAUAACUCGCUGAAAUGCUGACAUAAAAAAAAAACUCUUCUGUGAAUGGAAUAAAAGCAUGUUUCUACCUUUGUUCUACCCUAGUAUCAUAGAAAUUGGGUUGUUCUCAAAUGUUGCAACCCUGGAAUUUCCAAGAAUUGCUAGGUAAAUUGGCUCAAAGGUUUGUAAAUAUGUAAGUAGUCAUUGAUCAUAAUACCAUUUUAUUGUCAUUGUUUUUUUCCAUGCUUCAUGUUGCUGUAUAGACCACUGUUAUCAGUUGCAUAUAUUGAUUUUUUUUAGUCUUCUAUGAUAAAGCAAUUUUAUGGAGGGGCUGGCAUGGUGUUUGAUAAAUAAAAAGUUGAUCAACUUUUUGUUCGAUGGAGAAAGUGCACACUUUUCCCGCUCCUUCCAUCUGGGAUUCAGGUCUCUCUUACUUAGAAGUCUAAUUUAGGACCAAUUCUUGGUGUAGCUGAUAGGUUUGUGUGGCUUUGCAGCCCUCACAUGCUGAAGCUGGGGACUUUCACCGAUGUUACUCGUUUGCGUGGAAUAAAUUGGAAGAGUUUGUUUGAUAAAUGCUUACUUUUAGAUUUGGUGGUUUGAUCGUCUUGUACUUGAAAGGUUUCUAUUGUCAUUGCUUCAAUGUCAUACUGUGUGCGUAUGACUAUGGUGUCCUUGCGGACAGUGGGCUCACAUUACCACGUCUCUGUGCUUAGUAUUAGUAACAAGCAAUGUCAUCUCUCUCUGUCUCCAGUCUGGGGGUGACAACUACCUUUUUGUGUCAAUGGGGGCGCAAAAAACACCUAAAUUAAAAAAAAAA